CGGUGAGAGGAUUCAGUGAUCGCCGGGGAUCGGUUAGGAGCAGCUGUGGUCAUCUCCGAGCACCGGGCUUUCUAUCUGGUCCCACAAGAAACAUGUCGUUUAGUAAAGGAUUUCGGAUCUUCCAUAAACUGGAUCCACCGUUCAGCCUGAUGGUAGAGGCGCGCUACAAGGAGGAAUGUCUGAUGUUUGAGUCCGGUGCAGUGGCAGUCCUCUCCUCUGCAGAAAAGGAAGCCAUUAAGAGCAGAUAUACAAAAGUCAUGGAUGCCUAUGGCCUGUUAGGAGUUCUGCGGCUCAAUCUUGGGGAGAUGAUGUCACAUUAUCUGGUGGUGGUCACCGGCUGUAUGUCAGUAGGAAAGAUUCAGGACUCUGAAGUCUUUCGCGUCACCUCUACGGAGUUCAUCUCCCUAAGGCUUGAUCCCACAGAAGAAGAUCGGAUGUCUGAGGUCCGCAAGGUGCUGAACUCCGGCAGUUUCUACUUUGCUUGGUCUGCAACGGGGGUCAGUCUGGACCUCAGCCUCAGUGCCCACCGCAGCAACCAGGAGCAGAGAACAGACAACCGCUUUUUCUGGAAUCAGUCUCUCCACUUACACCUGAAGCAUUACGGAGUGAACUGUGACGACUGGCUCCUGCGUCUUAUGUGUGGAGGAGUGGAGAUCAGAACUAUUUAUGCGGCACACAAGCAGGCCAAGGCUUGUAUUAUUUCCCGCCUGAGCUGUGAGCGUGCCGGGACAAGGUUCAACGUGCGAGGCACCAAUGAUAACGGCCAGGUGGCCAACUUCGUGGAAACUGAGCAGGUGAUUUACCUGGAUGACUGCGUGUCCUCGUUUAUACAGAUACGGGGUUCCAUUCCGCUCUUCUGGGAGCAGCCAGGCUUACAGGUUGGAUCUCAUCGUGUGAGGAUGUCAAGAGGAUUUGAAGCCAAUGCGCCUGCAUUUGAUAGGCAUUUCCAAACUCUAAAGAGGCUUUAUGGCAGGCAAGUUGUAGUCAAUCUUCUUGGGUCCAAAGAAGGAGAGACCAUGCUCAGCAAAGCUUUCCAGAGUCACUUAAAGGCGUCGGAACACGUGUCAGAUGUCCUGAUGGGGAAUUUUGACUAUCAUCAGAUGGUGCGUGGAGGAAAAGCUGAAAAACUGAACACUGUCCUGAAACCAAAAGUUUCUGCAUUCUUGGAAGAGUGUGGCUUCUUCUAUAUGGACAAAGAUGGAGUGCACAGGACACAAAGUGGCAGCAUUAGAACCAACUGCUUGGACUGCCUGGACAGAACCAACAGUGUCCAAGCUUUCUUUGGGCUGGAGAUGCUAUUAAAGCAGCUGGAAGUCCUGGGCCUGGCUGAGAAGCCGCAGCUGGUUACACGCUUUCAGGAGGUAUUCCGUACAAUGUGGUCUACCAAUGGAGACUCCAUCAGUAAGAUUUACGCAGGAACUGGAGCCCUGGAAGGAAAAGCUAAGACGGGAAAGUUGAAGGACGGAGCACGCUCAGUGACCAGGACGAUCCAGAACAACUUUUUUGAUGGCUCCAAGCAAGAAGCGAUAGAUGUGCUGCUGCUGGGAAACACCUUGAACAGCGAUUUGGCUGAUAAAGCGCGAGCUCUCCUGACUACUGGAAGUUUACAUGUGUCAGAACUCAUGUUGCAAUCAGCAUCACCAAGGGUACUGCAAAGCAUGUGUGAGAAUUAUUACAGGUACGCCAAGCCCAGGAAAAUCCGGAUUUGCAUUGGUACCUGGAAUGUGAAUGGAGGGAAGCAGUUCAGAAGCAUCGCUUUUAAAAAUCAAACUCUGACAGACUGGCUACUCGAUGCUCCAAAACUUGCUGGAAUUCAGGAGUUCCAAGAUAGAAGAAGCAAGCCAACAGAUAUAUUUGCCAUCGGCUUUGAGGAGAUGGUUGAAUUAAAUGCAGGAAAUAUUGUCAACGCAAGCACAACCAACCAAAAGCUGUGGGCUGUGGAGCUGCAGAAGACCAUAUCUCGGGACAAUAAGUAUGUUCUGCUGGCAUCAGAGCAGUUGGUCGGAGUGUGUCUCUUCAUCUUCAUAAGGCCCCAGCAUGCCCCUUUCAUCAGGGAUGUUGCGGUGGACACAGUGAAAACCGGAAUGGGAGGAGCCACGGGAAACAAAGGUGCAGUCGCCGUCAGAAUGCUCUUUCACACCACCAGCCUCUGCUUCGUCUGUAGUCACUUUGCUGCUGGACAGUCUCAGGUCAAAGAAAGAAAUGAAGACUACAAUGAAAUAUGUCGCAAGCUAAGCUUUCCAAUGGGCCGCAUGCUUUUCUCUCAUGACUACGUCUUCUGGUGUGGUGACUUCAAUUAUCGCAUUGACUUACCCAAUGAGGAGGUGAAGGAGCUGAUCCGAAAUCAGAACUGGGAUUCCCUUAUACUUGGAGAUCAGCUAGUAAAACAAAAAGAUGUUGGACAAGUUUUCCGGAGUUUCUUGGAGGGAAAAAUUAAUUUUGCUCCAACCUAUAAAUAUGACUUGUUCUCUGAUGAUUAUGACACAAGUGAGAAGUGCCGUACCCCGGCGUGGACAGAUCGUAUCCUGUGGAGGAGAAGAAAAUGGCCCUUUGACAGAUCAGCUGAAGAUUUAGAUCUUCUGAAUUCAAGCUUGCAAGAAGGCAGGAAUAUUCAUUAUACCUGGAAUCCAGGAACUUUAUUGCACUAUGGCAGGGCGGAGCUGAAGACCUCUGAUCACAGGCCAGUGGUUGCUCUAGUCGACGUAGAUAUAUUUGAAACUGAUGCAGAAGAGAGACAGAAGAUAUAUAAGGAGGUGAUUGCCACCCAGGGCCCUCCAGAUGGCACAAUUAUGGUCUCCAUACAGAGUAACUCCUCAGAAGACAAUUACUUUGAUGAUAAUUUGAUUGAUGAGCUGCUGCAGCAAUUUGCAGGUUAUGGCGAAGUCAUACUUAUAAGGUUCGUGGAUGAUAAAAUGUGGGUGACAUUUCUGGAAGGAAGUUCUGCCCUCGCAGCUUUAAACCUGAAUGGUGUUGAGGUUCUGGGUAAAAAGGUGGACAUUCAGCUGAAGAACCCAGACUGGAUCACGCAGGUGGAGGAGGAGAUGAAUCUGGAGAGGAUAAGUAUAACGUUACCGUGUUCCACCAGUUCCACCUUGUUGGGUGAAGAUGCUGAGAUUGCGGCAGAUUUUGACAUGGAAGGUGACGUGGAUGAUUAUAGUGCUGAAGUAGAGGAGAUUCUCCCUCAGCAUCUACAGCUAUCUUCAUGCCCCAAUCUUGGCUCAUCUCCCAGCACUUCUCCACACUCCAGUCCCUGUCCAUCACCCACCAUGCCAGAGGGACCUCCGCCUGCUCUCCCUGUUCGGCCAAGUCGGGCACUUGCAAAAACACCCGGACCUCCCGUUGCUGCACCCCAAGGAUCUCCAGUGGACUUCCAGCCAAUAGUACAACAAAAAGAGCAAUCUCUCACUUUAGAACCAAAGAGGCUCCCUCCUCCACGACCCGGUAUUCCACCAGCACGCCCGGCACCCCCUCAGCGGCCUCCUCCGCCAUCAGGUGCUCGAAGUCCAGCACCAGCUAGGAAAGAGGUUGGAGGUGCUCCUCCCAGCCCCGUGGUAGCUCGUAAAGACGUGGAAGUUCGUGGACAAGCUCCCCCUCCACUUGGACCACCAUCUGCUGCACCCUGUGCUAUGGUCAGGCCGACUAUUCCUCCUCGUGCAGGAGUAAUAAGCAUGCCUCAGAGCCAUGGUGCACAGGCCAGACUGCCCGCCCCGGCACCUGUCAAAGCAGCUGGACCUCCAAAAGCUUUUCCCUCUCUUCCCGAGCCUAUGAAACCCCAACUUGCAGCCGCUCUUCAGCCUAGUCCAACUGCCCAACCACCCUGCCAAAAGCUGCAAGAGCCUCUACAGCCAACAUCCUCACAUCCCACCUCCCCCACACCGCCUCCGCAGGGUCUAGACCCGGCUCCGCUGCCUCCUCCCCGCAGUCGUUCCUCUCAAAAUCUGCCUUCAGACACUGUCGCUCCUCAACAAAAUCCAGCGAAUGGAGUCGGUGGGUUUAAAAGUCAGUUUGAAAGAGAUCCUUUUGCGGACUUAUCUUUAGAUCCCAUGUUCAUUACCAAGCUUCCUGAACUCCACACCAUAUCAUCUGCUCCAUCAUUAAGCCAAAGGGAGCCAGUCCUGUUGCCUUCUGCAGUACAAAACCAUGUUCAUACCGCCAAUAGCCUGCCUAUACUGCCUGCAGUCCCUGGCCGGAGUGUAUCACAAGACAGUCUGCGGAUAUCCCCCAAUCCAUUCCUUAACAGAUCCAAUGCUAUGAACUCUGCCAACCCAUUUAAUGAAAGCUCAGCAACUGCUGGAAAUCCGUUCAAGAACCCGACGCCCUCUUUGACUGCUCCUACAUCGCUGCCGACCGGAAUAUGUGAGCAGUUUCAUUCCACAAGCCAACCUGAGCUUCAGCACAGCAGCCCAGUGUUUACCGUGGGGCCAGCUGAGAAAAGUCUAUCAUUGCCCCAUAAUUUUGCCUCGAUGCCGGAGUCGAAUCCUAAAGGCUGGGUAACUUUUGAUGACGACAGUUUUGAAUUGGCUGUAAACAGGUUAGCCAGCAAUGGAGUGGAGUUUGAUGGCCUCGAGCAGUCCUCUUUGGAUAGCAACCGGAACACAAUCCCAGCAGGGUCGUUCUCCCAAUCGAUGAGGAAACCCCCACCACCACCUCGUAAUCCAUCAAGGACAAAUUUCGACCCUUCCACCAAAAUAUCAACCCACUCUUUUCCAAGUCUGGAGUUCACUGACCGGUAACAUGGAACAGCAGUUGAGAUGACAUAAGCGUGCAAUAACUGUGGUCAAUUCUGAAGUUCAUAGCUACUUAAUAUAACCUUUCCUAUAACCACUAUUUAAUAUAUUUCUGGAUUUGUGUAUAUCUGGGUAACAUUUCAAAUGACAUUUUUUGUAUGUGUUGUUGAACUUACUGUGUUUUGUGAUUGUUAGGAAGCCACUUAAAAUUGCAGAAUGAAUACAUCAAAUUUAGUUUUGAUCUUUAAUUGAAAAA